AUGGCAAGCAAAAAUUACAGAUUGGAUCCAAUCUUUCAAUUAUAUGAUCCGAUUCAAUAUUCGUUCAACAAGAAGAAAGAGGAUUAUAUUAUCAUCUCACCGACUGUUGGUUCUAAAUCUCAAUUGAAUGAUGGUGGUAGAAUUACCUUCGAAAUAAAUUCAUUAUCGAAUUGGUUGCUUCUUUCCGAUGCUUAUUUCAGAUGCGAUUUCAAAAUUAAAGAAGCCACUCAGAAUCAAGUUCCACAAACCAACACAACAUUAGAAAACAACUUCUUUCCAUCUUUAUUUAGCGAGAUGGUUUUGGAAGCUGGUUCAAAUCCGAUAGAAACCAUCAAACACCCUGGGAAAUUCGACACAAUGUUGAAAACAGUUUUAUAUCCUAAAGAUUUCGAUUCAGUUUCAGGCUGGAUACCCGAUGUUGGUGAUGGAAAUGUUUUAAAAGAACCGGUAAGAAAUCUUGCAAAUGACGCCGAUUUAGCUAGAGUGAGAUUUGUUGCUCGAAACACGAUAGAAAGAGUAGGACGAGCAAUUAAUCAUGGAUUCGAAAAACGAGUACUUCAGUAUAAUAAUGUUGUUGAGAAUAAUAGGUGGGGUAAUUACGUAAAUUGGAAAUUAUAUCCUUUAUUCGGUCUGUUGGAACAUAGAAAAGUUUCCAUAGGCUUACCAUAUAAAAUUCAUCUACAAAGAGAAAUCAACAACGAUAAGAUAUUCUUUGGAGAGAAUGGUUUAGAUGCAAAAUUAAAAAUAACGAAUCUCCAACUUUACAUACCCGUAAUAACACCAUCAAUUGAAGUAGAAACGAGAAUAUUCAACUCAUUAACUAAAGAUAUUGAAAUAGCAUUUCUUCGGCGGAACACAAUAGGUAGCAUGACGAUUACGGGAGAAUCCACCACGUGGCCAAUUACAAACAGCGUCAAACCAGCGAGAUAUCUAAUAGUUGGUUUCAAAAACUUGCCAGACUCUCAGAUAAACAACAACAUCAUUUUCAGAGUGGCAAUGAACCAAACUCAAGAUCCUUUAAUCCAUAAAGUUCAAGUAAGAUUGAACAACGAAAAUUAUCCUAACCAACCUUUAACAAUUAAUCCAACCACAAAGGAUUAUAAUGAAUUGUAUAAAAAUUACAAAAACAUGUGUGAAUUAUUCGGUAAUCUACCUCAAUUCGAGUAUGUAGAUUUUGCCCUUAAUCAUCCAAUCUUCUGUUUCGAUCUUUCAGCUCAUCAAGAAGAUCUUUUCAAAACAGGGAGACGAGACUUGGAAAGAAUUGAUGAGAAUUUAACUAAAAAAGGUGGAUUUUUACCUUUCUUACCUUUAAUCUUUGCUGGUUUAGCUGCAGCCGGUGCAACUGCUGGUGGAGCUGCUGGGAUAGCCAAAGCUGUCAACGAUAAGAAAGCUGAAGCCGCUGCAAACGCCGAAGCACGUAGACACAAUUUGGCAAUGGAAAGAGAAGCACGAGGAGGUUCGGGAGUAGGAGAUAUAUUAGGGACGGUUAAAGAAUUCGGACAAAGAUUUGGCGAAGAAACCAAGAAAACCGUUAAAGAGGGAUUAAGCAAAUUAAUAGAUAAAAUCGACACCGGAGAAAUGAAGGUCAAACACAAGGGCAACGCCCUAUUUUUUAAAAACAUACGUUCGGGCGAGGGAAUCUUCCUUUCAAAGUAUAAAGGCAACGGGGUGAUUUUUGGUACGAAAAUGUAA